AUGAGAACAAAGUGGCACCACCCCCAGAUCAGGGGUGAGGUCUUCCUGGUGCCCCUCAAGCCCGCUCUCUACGCACUACCAAUGCUGCUGGCAUUUCUUGAGUCGGCUCUGGGCUGGGCCGGGUCCCAGUCCUGCAGUGUCCAGGAGGUACUCCGACACUACCAGGCUGUCAUCUUCCAGGACUUGCAGGCUGCCAUGCAAUGGGCUGGGACGAGAGCCCAGCAUACAGAGCCUGGGUCCCGGCACCACCACCUGACUGGAGCUGGUGGAGGUCAGGGACAACCAGGGGCCUCCUGUGAUGCCCAGAAGGAGCGCAGCAUCUUACUGUCUAUUGAGUCCCUGGGUCAGACCCUUCUUGGGAGCGUGGCUGGAGUUCCCCACAAUGCAUUAGAGAAAGCGGCGUGGACAGUAGCGGUGCGCACCAAGGCAGUGAUGCACAGGCACUGCCGGACAUCCAGCAGGAUCCUGCAACCCAAGAGGCGUCCAGAACAGCAGCGUCCCAGCCGGAGGAGGCUCCUGCUACGUGCCCUGCACGCUGUCGCCACCUGCUGGGAGAAGCUCUUUUCGCUGAGUGCCAUGGCCACCAGAGAAUUCUAG